AUGGCGCUCUCCCUCGCGCGCAGCCCGCACCCCGCCGCCGCGGCGGCCCUCCCGCCCCCCCGCAUUCAGGGGCGCAUUUCCCAGUACGCCCCGCUCCUCCACUCCCCUCGCCGCGCCUACCCCGGCCUCCGCCUCCGCCUCCCGGCCGCCGCCGUCGCGGCCUCCUCGCCCCCGGAGGCGCUGGCCGCCGAGCCCGCGGCCGCCGCGGAGGGGGACGAGGAGCUGGGGGAGACGCGGCGGAAGCUCUUCGUCGGCAACAUGCCGUUUACCUUCUCCGCCGCGGAGACGGAGAAGCUCUUCGCCGAGUGCGGCGUCGUCAAGGACGUCGAGGUUAUCAAGAUGAAGGACGGGAGGAAGAGGGGGUUCGCGUUCGUCACCAUGGCCACCGCCGAAGAGGCCGCCGCCGCAGCGGAGAAGUUCGACGGCCAUGAUGUCAUGGGAAGGAUCAUCAAGGUGGAAUUUUCAAAGAGUUUCAGAAAACCAGCUCCACCACCAUCUCCGGACACCAUUGUCGCGAAGUACAAGCUUUAUGUUUCCAAUCUUGCAUGGAAAGCAAGGUCUGCUGAUCUGAAGGAGUUCUUCUCACAGUUUAACCCAGUUUCUGCCAAUAUAGUCUUUGAAGAUAGAAAAUCAGCUGGGUAUGGUUUUGUAUCUUUUGGAACAAAAGAGGAAGCAGAGGCUGCUCUCACUGAACUCAAUGGAAAGGAACUUAUGGAAAGGCCUGUUAUCCUAAGAUGGCGGGAGGAUAAAGAAAGUGUGAAGGCUGAUGGUGAAGUUGAAGGCUUGAAGGUUAAUGAUCAGGCAGAAGGUGUGACGGUUGAUGACAGUGGUGUGGUUGAAGGUGAAGAUAAACAGGAGUAG